CGUAAACAGUGAGUGAGCUUUUGUUCUGUGAUUCAACGAAGUUUUUCACAUGCUAGCCGCCUCGAUUUAGUGCCUUUUCACCGCAAAAAUCCCGCAGCUUUACAUUGUUGGAUACAGCAACCAUCCCCGCCAUACUUAUUGAGUGCUCAUCCUAUCAUCAUUCCGCUACCAAGGACUCACGGAGACACUCGACACGUUUACCAACAGCAACUGACGUUCGACCAUGGUGAAAGGCAAAACUACUAUUGCUCCAACUGCAAAAGGCAGUGAUAGUAAUGUCAGUUCCAUCAAGUUUCAUCACUCGACGAUGUGCUGACACGUAUGGAGGACCUAUUUAAAGUGACCAACAACAAAAUCGAUUCGUGUAUAAAGGAUCUGAAAAUGGAGAUCUUCACACUACGAAGUGAUGUACAGCAGAUCAAGGAGGAAAGUAAAGGAAAAAUCGACCAGCAGGCCGCUUCCAUUGAAACAGUUCGUGCUGAUGUAUCCUACAACACUGAGCGCUUAGCCAUCAGUGAAAAUGCAAACGACUUACUUGUAUCUGGAGUACCGUACGUCAGCUCAGAAAACUUGACCAACAUCACGAAUGCAAUUUCUGUUGCACUUGGUUAUACUGAGAGGAAUAUUCCGCUAGUUCAAGCUAAACGACUCGCACGCUUUCCCAUUCAAGCCAAUGCCGCUCCGCCGAUCAUGAUACGAUUCGCAUUCAAAUGUGUCCGCGACGAGUUUUAUCGCCGUUACCUCUCAUCACGGAAUCUUUCGCUAACUCACCUUGGCUUCAACAUGAAUCAACGGAUUUUCAUCAUCGAGAACCUGACGAAGGAAGGACGAAGGAUAAAAAACUAUGCUGUGAAGCUGAAGCGAAGUGGAAAACUAUUCGUAGUAUUUACCAGAGAUGGAUGUGUCUACGUGAAAACCGUCGUGGACGUUGAAGCUGGACCAGUUCGUUCGAUACACGAAUUAUAAACCCUAUCCUACAUUUUUUUCCCUGCCAUAAAAGUGUCCAUGAAUCCUAUCCCGUGUUCCCUUGUUUAUUCCUUCAUAAAAGUCAAUGCUGGAGUUGUUGUUGCCGAUGUUGCUGCUGAUUGCUGUUGGAAGACACUGCUGAGGGUUGCUGUGAGGACUGUUGUUACUGAUUAUAUCGGUGUUAUACUCUUCCUAUCUGAGCUUCGUAUGAAUCACACGAGCUGAAUAUAAUAGCGAAUUCGUUUUUGUUCAGUUGCAACCUCAGUGCCGCACUAACUGCUGUCAAAACGUUUUUUUAUUCACUCAGUUUCCACCUAGUGUCGCACUUGGUUCGCCCCGAAAGCUGUUAGUUUCGCACUGAGAUGUUUCACGGGUUGGCACUCGGGAAUCCGAUUCCGAUUCCGAUUUUGGAGAGUAUCUGGAAAUAGUUAUUUCCGGAGAACCUAGGAGCAAAAGAAAGCGUGUCGAAAAUGUUGUUACCGACGUA